UUUUUCGCCUCCCAGCUGUCACAUUUGAAGCACAUUUACGACAAACAUUAGUGUUUUCUUUCUGAAUAAAGGUUUUUUGCGGGGAUUACCACCUUUGAGAGCUUUCGUGCUGUCCUCCGCUGUCCAGUGACAGUCUGGCGUGUAUGAAACCAGGCAAUGUCCGCCAUGGUGUAUCCACGUGAAGAAGCCCUGGAGCGACUGAGCCAGGAUGAGAUCGUCCUCAACACUAAGGCCGUCAUGCAGGGCCUGGAGACCCUGCGCGGGGAACACACCCAGCUCCUCAACUCGCUGCUGGACUGCACCCAGCCCCCCGUUGCCCAGGAGAAGUCUGGGCUGCUCCGCAAGAGUCUGGAGGCCAUUGAGCUCGGCCUGGGAGAGGCACAGGUGAUCAUCGCCCUGUCUAGCCACCUGAGCGCCGUGGAGUCGGAGAAGCAGAAGCUGCGUGCUCAGGUGCGUCGCCUCUGCCAGGAGAACCAGUGGCUGCGGGACGAGCUGGCGGGAACGCAGCACAAGCUGCAGCGCAGCGAGCAGAGCGUCGCCCAGCUGGAGGAGGAGAAGAAGCACCUGGAGUUCAUGAAUCAGAUCAAGAAGUUCGACGACGACGUGUCGCCCUCGGAGGAGAAGAACCAGAGCUCUGGUGGCAGCGGAGGUGGUGGAAGCGGAGGUGGAGACACUUCAAAGGACAGCUUGGAUGACUUGUUCCCCAACGAUGAUGACCAGGGACCAGCCCAGCCCAGUGGAGGAGGUUACGAGAUCCCGGCCCGCCUCAGGACGCUGCACAACCUGGUGAUCCAGUACGCCUCACAGGGGAGGUACGAGGUGGCUGUGCCACUGUGCAAACAAGCCCUGGAGGACCUGGAGAAGACGUCUGGACACGACCACCCCGACGUGGCCACCAUGCUGAACAUCCUGGCCUUGGUGUACAGAGACCAGAACAAGUACAAAGAAGCAGCUCACCUCCUAAAUGACGCCCUGGCCAUCAGAGAGAAGACACUAGGGAAGGAUCACCCAGCUGUGGCCGCAACUCUCAACAACCUGGCUGUGCUGUACGGCAAGAGGGGCAAGUACAAGGAGGCCGAACCCCUCUGCAAGAGAGCGCUGGAAAUCAGAGAGAAGGUGCUAGGGAAGUACCACCCAGAUGUAGCCAAGCAGCUGAACAACUUGGCCCUGCUGUGUCAGAACCAGGGCAAGUACGACGAGGUGGAGUACUACUACACACGAGCCCUGGACAUCUACGAAUCCAAACUGGGAGCCGACGACCCGAACGUGGCCAAGACCAAAAAUAAUCUGGCCACAUGCUACCUGAAGCAGGGGAAGUUCAAAGAUGCCGAGGCUCUGUACAAAGAGAUCCUGACCAGGGCACACGAGAAAGAGUUUGGAUCUGUCAAUAAUGACAACAAGCCAAUCUGGAUGCAUGCAGAGGAGAGAGAAGAGAGCAAGGGUAAGCGCAAGGACUCUGGCCCAUAUGUAGAGUAUGGGAGCUGGUAUAAGGCCUGCAAGGUGGACAGCCCCACGGUGAAUACAACUCUCAAAAGCUUGGGAGCUUUGUACCGUCGCCAGGGCAAACUAGAGGCAGCGGAAACACUGGAGGAGUGCGCCAGCAAGUCACGUAAACAGGGUAUUGAUGCUAUUAACCAGAGUAAGGUGGUGGAGCUGCUGAAGGACGGGGGAGCUGGAGGGAGCGACAGACGACACAGCAGGGAAGGAAUCAACGGACAGGGGGGACAGCGGGGGGAGAGUGAAGGUGAUGACUCCGCUGAGUGGAAUGGGGAUGGUAACGGGUCCCUGCGCCGCAGCGGCUCCUUCGGGAAGAUUCGCGACGCUCUGAGAAGGAGCAGCGAGAUGCUGGUGAAGAAGCUGCAGGGGAGCGGACCUCAAGAACCUCGCAACCCAGGAAUGAAGAGAGCAAGCUCCCUCAACUUCCUCAACAAGAGCAACGAGGAGGCCGCACAGGACGCCAACUCCGGACUGUCAGACUGCAGGGGACUAAGCGCCAGCAACGUGGACCUAUCCAGACGCAGCUCCCUUAUUGGCUAGACAGCGAGAGGAGGUGGGACUCAGGAAGCACAGAGUGGCCCGACGAGGAGAGGCUGUUUGCAGCUUGGUUUGGUCAAACAAACACACUUAAAGCUCAAAGCAGAGAUCAAACAAAUGCACCUGCAGCAUAUUUUUAAAGAACACUGAAAAAAACACAACCACGCUAAACGUCAUCCUGUAACACGCAGCCGCUGCAGCUGCUCAACUGUACAAAUCGAUGCCAUCGAUCAGAAAAGAGAAUAUUUAGAUACACAUUUAUCAGCAUGCUGCUUACUAGAAAGUGGAAUGUCUGCACCUGAACGCCUCGUGUUUUCGACUCAUAGCACCGUAGCAAAGCAUCGUAUCCGCAUCGUGAUGAGUCCGUUUCCUCGAUCUACACUCUCAUGUGCAGGCAUUCAACCUUAGGUAGGCUAAAUGUACCCCGGUUAUAGUUCAGAGAGAGGUGUUGCGCUCUGUAUAUUUCAACAGUAGCAUGAAGUAUUUGCUGAUGCUAACCACCCAUCGAAUGCAUAUCACAGACGGUAAAAAAAUGGUACAAUUCGAUUAGAUUUGAACCCCAAGAAAGCUAAGGUAUAAAAAGAGAAUACAAGCAGUCUUUGGGGAUUUUCGAAAAACGGCACUAAUCAUUUCAACCUCACUUUUUGCCUUCUUGUUUUUUAUGUAUAUACAGUUUUAAAUUAUUUGAUAUUUCAUUCUUUGUAUAUAGUGCACAUUGAUUUUUUUUUUUUUGGUUUGGUUUACACAGAGUCUCAGCUGGAAAAAAUACUACUUAUCUGAAGGGAGAAUACUGAAAAUGAAGGAAAGGAAGAGGGGGAGAGAAGGAAAGAUAAAAGGAAAUACUGAAGUGGGCACUUAAUUAUUUGUGUCAAUGACAAGGUUGAAAAUGCUGAUAAAUUUAGUACCUCGAUCACUGAUAUCUGCCGACAUUCAGAAUGAGCUACCGGACCAUCAAGGUUUCAGUCCAAACUGUUGUAAAGCACUUUGUGUAUGGCAGUACUGUAUGUCUAGCAGCCAUUUUGCUAACUACAGAGCAGACUGGGAUGGUAAUUUUCACCAGAUCCCCCAGCAGCCAUGCUUGGGGCAAAAAUUUCAUUUAUUUCAAAAGAACUUUCUUGGUGCUUCAAAACUAGGUCUUGCAAGAACAGAAAAUGAAAUAAGGGCCAGAAAGUUAAUUUGAAAUUAAAUUUACAAACAAACCAAUCAUUUUUCUUUUGCUCUUCUAAAUACUACCUAUGUGGUCCAAGAGAUUUAAUCAAACAAACUCUCUUCUCCCACUAAUGAUCAAUUUUUCCAGUAAAGUAAAACAGCCAUAAGUCCAAAUGAUAUUGAAGGAUAAUGAUGUGGAAGAGAUACUUAAAAAUAAUUUGUUUACAAUCGUUAAAGCAGGAUAUUUAGGGCAUAAUCAACCCUCAUUUAAAAAUAUGGAUAACUACCUUUGUUCAAAGCUGAUGCGACGCUUCAGCUACGAUAUGUUUACUUUCAUAAAUAGGGUUCUUCUUGUGAGUUUUUCUGUCUUUUUUUUUUUUUUUUUCCCCCCCUUGUUUACUGUUGCUGAAUAUGUAUCAUUUUGUACAAAACAAUCCUCAGUGUUGCGUUUUUAAUGCCGACUUGGAUGGAUUUUAUCAGUCUUAAUCAACCGCUGACAGAAAUCUGACUGGUGACUAUCCAUCCUCUGUGAAUUCUGUUGUGCUGAAGCGUUUUCCUGUUUUGAUUCUGAGUUUUUACGUUGAAGGUACUGAAAAAUGAUUAUUUGAAUGUUACAUUUUAUGUCGAUCGUAGGGCGUACUGGCGUUUACACUGGAAUUUUGUGUUUUUGCUGCUUUGCAAGUCAGGAGAUAAACUCCACCAAAAUGAGACCGAUACAAAGAAAACUGUCCACAGAAUGUACACGUCUUAUUAUGUGAAGUCGAAAUCAGACUGAAAUGUGAUCAGAUUGUCAAGAAAAUGCCUUUCUCCGUGUAACUUUCUUUGACCCUUUUCCUAAAUCUUCUAAUGCAAGAAAGUCAAAAAAAAAGGUUAAUUCUAGACAACCUGAGUGUGAUUUCAAAAAUGGGAAGAUGCAGGUUUUUUGUGAAGGUAUUUUGUCAACGUUGGUGCAGUCACAUCAUCGCAUUAUGCCGACAUACACUGCAGUCGCUCUUCUUGAAGUCACCUUUGAAGUCACGUUGCUGAGUCUAAAAAGUGCUAAUUAUCCUAUCAGCUUCUGAUUGUGCUGAAUGGCGCGGGUUAUGGAUUGUAAUGCGCAGGUUAUGGAUUGUAACGAAGAAAUGCACGGAUGAAGGAAAAGGAGGAGUAAAGUAAGUGUUAAAGCAGGAAGAAGUAGGGGUUUAAAAAAGAAAUGAAUACAAGUGCACUGGAAAGACGUGGGGAGAGGAAAAGUGCUUCAAGUGUUGUUUGCAGCAAAUAAUGUACAGAUUUAUCCGUGUACGACCUUUAUAUGUAUAUUUACUGUAUGUCACGUUCACACACACGUAAGAAUUAUGGGAAACACACAUACACACACACAAUCUCAAUACCAUAUAGUUGUGUAAAAAAAGUUGGUGGAACACUAAUUUGUAGUUGAAAGUCUCUGAAAAAGCUCUAGAAACAUAAGGUCUCCUUCUCAGUACACACACCGUAAUACCAAUACUAAUCAAUCCUUCACGGUAUUUAUCAGUCACUUAUUCACCCUGGGUUGGUACAGUGUUAGUGCUCCUCUGGGAGUUUCUGGGAUCACAAGCUCCAUAAAUAAAUGAACAUUGGCUCACUAUGUAGCUCAGUAAAAUAGAUGAGAAAAAAAAUGAAACUGCUGCAGUUGUAAAUAUUUAUCUUGAACUUCUAGCGCAGGAGGAUAUUGAUCCAAAGCUUCAAAGAUGAAUCAGAUCUUUAUUUCUCUGAUGUACUCGUCCAGAUAUUUAUGGAGAUAAAUACAUCUGCCCAGAGUCACGGAUGGUAAAUGUUGAGUAAUGAGGGUCACGUAUAUGUGUGAUUUCAGCUUCUAUAUUGACGACGACACGAUGGAUCUUAUUGUGAAGGGGCCAACCUAAUGUGUAUAUUAUCAAAGGUUCAAUAAAUACAAAUCCCACUUUUCAAACUGAUUCUGUGUCUCUUACAUUUUCAUCCUCGUAGCCAAUGUCGGA